AUGAAAAUUCUUUGGCCCCUCUUUACUGCAGUUCUAGCUCAAGAAGGGGCUUUUGAAGGAGAUGAAGGUGUUUAUGUCAGACCGGCGUUUGGACCAGAAAUCAGAGGAAGAAUGCAGGCUCCCCGGCCGACUUUGAGACCCGUUGGUGGAGGAAAACGACCGAUCAAGAAAGUAGCGCCAAAGAAAGUUGCAAAGAAAUCCCCAAAGAAAGUCAUCAAGAAGAAGCCAAUCAAAAAGGUGCCAAAGAAGAAAGUCCCUCCUCGACCGAAAACGACAAAGAAAACAACAACGACUACCACCACGACCACCACAACUUCUACGACAACGACUGAAGAAACAACAACAGUUCCAGCAACGACUACAGUAGAGACCACAGAAUCGGUUGUUGAAGAACAGAGAGAAGUCGUCGAGCUUCCAGAGAUCAAUGAGGCAAAAGGCUGGAAUACUUACAAUCAGUACCCAAAUAACUACAACAACAACCAGGUCCAAAAUGUCGAUCAAUACAUUACCCAGACGGCGCAGGGAUACGCUGCUGGAGAUCCCCACUUUAUGGUGGAGACAGAGGGCCAGCCGCCAAUUUGCUUCGAUUUCAACCCGCCUAUGGAUGCUGAUUUGAACUUGUUUUCAGACCCAGAGAGUGGCUUGAUGCUCACAGCGACGUUGGAGGAAAAUGAGAAAGGCGACGAGUUCAUCACUCAAAUCCACUUCCGAUCGCCGGACGGCUCUUUUCUCAAAUUCGGACUCAAUGGAGUCAUGGAAGAAGGCCUCGAUGGGGAGCGAGGGAUCGUUUCUGACCCUCUCACUGGGGAUCAGAUUUAUGGAGACUUGAGUUUCUUCUCCAACUGGAAUGAAAACGGGCUUCAUGAGCAUACAAAAGUCAAAGUCGAAAAUGGACCAACUUUUAUCGUUCGAUCGAAUCUGAUCCACAGAAAUCUUCAGGUUGCUGUAUCAGAUGCAGCAGGCGUUUCAAGCCGAACCAAGGGCGUCAUCGGCCUUUUUACCCGACCCAACGCCUAUUUCGUCACAGAAAAAGGCCCCACAGAAGACGAAGAACAACUUGCCUCAGUUACCAUCAACGGACACGAUUUCAACGCCCUCCUCCAGAGAUUCCACCACACAGAAGCGUGCUGGGUUAUUGCCGAAAUGGACGCUUUGGAUAUGCUCGCGAUUUUAGCUUGA